AUGGUGAACCUUGGCGCUGCACCACUGCUGCCCAUCUACUACUAUCUGAACCCUUCUACAUCGAGAAGGGACGCCGAUAGGAUUAUCGAGCUACCUGGACUCUCAUAUGAACCCAAUUUCCAACAAUACUCUGGAUUUCUUCGCGGCUCAGACAAGCACCGUCUUCACUACUGGUUUGUUCAGCGUGCAACCGAUAGCCCAGACACUCCACUUCUACUCUGGCUGAACGGAGGACCAGGAAGCAGCUCUGUAUGGGGAAUGCUGACUGAGAACGGGCCCUUCCGACCGAAUCGUGACGGCAAAACUCUUUACGAGAAUCCUUACUCGUGGAACAGGGCCGAACGCAAACUUUAUUUUGCACCAGUUAAGGAUUGA